CAAGUACGUGCGUUAUUGAAAUCUUUAUUUACAUUAGAGAUAUUCAGUCCUGUAAAGUAGACAAUUUCGAUCCCUCAAAAACGAUGAAAUACCAAGACAUGGUUAUAAAGAGGAAUAAUAUUGAAUUUGAGAAGUUAGCGCAAUGGAAAAGAUAUUCAAACUACUUAAACAACUCAACUGUGAGAACCGAGAAGGAAAAACGGUGGUCAUCGAACAAGUACUUAAUAAAUAGUUCACAGGAUUUUGUUGGAAAGAACAAUGAGGAUUCACAGGAAAGUUUGCAAGCUAGAAGAAACAAGCUACUUCAACUUCUGGAAAAUGAUGCAGAAAAUGAAAAAAAUCUAUUGAAAGCAUAUGGUGAAUAUUCCAAAUCCAAGUCGGCCAUGUUAAUUCGGUCCACUGCACUAAAGAAAGAACGCGAUUCAGAAAAGGAAAAGGUCAUCUUCAUUUUAGAAAUAUAAUAUUAUCUAGAUGGCUGAAACCUUGUUGAUGGAACAUUUCAAAAAAAACAAUUCGGAUGUGAGGGACAUGUUGAGAGCGGCCGGCCAAAAUGAAAUUGCAGAUCACUGGAAUGACCAAAUAAAUGAGCGCAACAAAUUAAAACAUUCAGAAAACAUUGGUCAGAUUGUAAGUGACGAAAUGCAGUCAGAUAUUAAAAUGUAUGAGGACAAACAUAAUGUAGAAAUAGAAUUGAAACGUCUGCAAGAUAAAGAAAAACAUUUGGAAUAUCUUCAAAAACAAUUAUGUGAAUUAAACAAUCGAGAAACUGAGGCAAAACGUCUAGUUGAAAAAGAGAAAGAUUUAAUUAAACAAUUAGCUAAAAUUGAUCAACUUGAACAUGAACGACGUAUAAUUGAAGAAAAAUGUCAACGUGAGCUAUAUGGACGUGCUUUAUUACAUCAACAUCAAACAGCAUUACGUAGACGUUCAUUAUCUGUACAAAAUGAACUAAAAGCUGAUUUAGAUUGGUUAAAUCAAUUAACAGAACAAGAAAAUUUCGAUUAUGAAGCUGAUAUUGAAAGAAGACAAAAAGAAAAAGAAAAUAUUUUAGCAAUACAAAAAUUAGUUGAAUAUGAACUACAAAAAGAACAAAUUAGAGAAUUAGAAUUGAAUGAACUAGAAGUCUAUGAAGCAUCAAAAUUAUGGGCUAAACGUGAAGAAGAAUGGAGAAAUGAAACAGCCAUUAGACAAAAGCUUUUACAUGAGGUAAUCGAAGAUCGUCGUAAACAAAUCUCAGAUCAAUUAACUGCAAUUCAACAAUUUCAACAUGAUGAAUUAAUUUCAAGAGAGGAAUUAUUAGAAAAAAUUGAAAAUAUUAAUCUCUAUGAUAAACUUGAAGAAGCAACACGUCAUGAUCAAGUGAAUGAACAAUGCUGUCAACUCAAUAAUCAAUUGGCUGAUAAAAUUAAAUCUAAUCAAUUCAUUGAAAAUGAAUUAAAAGCUGAUUUAGAAGCACAACAGAAAGCUGAAUUAGCUUAUGAAGUAAUGUUAAGAAAAGAAGCGGAAAAUUUACAUUUAAAAGAGAAACAAUUAAGAAAUCUUACAUUUUAUAAGUCAAGUAAUGGAUAUUCAACAACAACAACAAAAAAGUAAAUAAAGUGAUAGAAUGUUAUAACUUGUACCCUAUGUGUCCUAUGAAUGUAUAACAUAAUGAUACCGCCAAUUAGAGCGCAGUGAAUUAUCGACCGGACCAAUGACACAUAAAACCCAUACGAGUCCUUAUGGGUCCUUCUUCCUGCCUAGUCCUGCCUGGUUGUUGAGUCCCGAACACUAAUCUCAGCCUCCACAAUAUGAAUCAUUUAUUUCAUACGUACUGGGUUUAUAUACCAACCAAACAGACCAUAUCCUACCAAUAAAAUAGGAAACAAAAUUUGUACAAGAUUUAGCCGAAAGUAGCUGUGAAUAUGGGAGAUAGUAAUUGACAGACUGGGGCAUAACUCAAGAAUGGUUAAUCGUAUAAUAACAGUUCAUAGAUUAAAAUAAAGCUUAUGAUAAUAGGAACACGAAUAUACAUAGUUUAGUUACUUAACAAUCAUAUAAAUAUAUAUACUAUUCCACAAUAAGACGAAACGGCCGUCCAGUUCUUCAAGGUUUUCAAUGAUGGUCUAGCUCCAAUCGGCUCAUGAUCUCAACUAUUGAAAAGACGAAAUAUAUUCAGUUAUAUUAAUGUAUUAUAUAACUACACACAGAGUAAUGUUUAAUAUGGUAAUCAUGAAACACCUGAACUAAUCAAAAUGUAACUAAGAUCGUUAAGAUUUAAACGAAAUAUCAAAUGAUAACUAUUGGAAGCAAUUUAUCGAAAUUCAUACCGCUGUUAUUACAUCUAAAGAAGCUAAUAGUGAUAAACUAGCCACUAAUUAUCUCGUUGUAUUCGGGUACCAUUUCUAUCUUUUUGUUACUGACAUCAAGUUCAAUAUUCAGUAAUAGUUUAGCAUAUAACAGAUCAUUAGUUAUCAAAGUUGAUACUGCUGAACAUCCGUUUAGACGAUUGGAUUUCGACUUUUAUUACUAACAGUACCUUAAAAGCAUGAAUUCCACAUCAACAUUUUCUGAAAAUACUUGGAGUAGAAUUGGCGGUUAUUUCUUUUAUCAUUUAUUCGCAAAUACAAUGUUUCAACACCACUAAAUAUUGUGGUGGAGUUUAGCUCAGUUUCCUUAAUUUCUUAUAAUUACUUAGAUAUAUCGCUGUUAAAAUAAUCAAACUGUAGAAUGUCUAAAUCACUUCUUGUCAAGGUUGAGAAUUGAUACCGUAACCGCCUAUUGAUAUGUGAAAAACAAGUAAAAUAAUAUGAAAAUUGCAUAAAGUUCAAUAUCAAUAAAAUUCCUAGUCACUAAACCACUAAUUUUAGUAUUUAUGUUCGAGUCUUUUAUUGACAUAUGAUCUGAUUCCAAUUAGAUCAUAUGUUGAUCGUUAUUGAAUGAUUGUUAUUGAAAUAUAUAUAUGUCGCCUAUCCUCGUAUAUAAUUAUCGAUUUAAACCGCAUUAGUGAAUAACGGGAUUAAAUAAGUCAAAUAAAUGAAAGGAUUUUUGAAUAUGUAUAUUUUGUACACUCAUUGAUCUGUACAGACAAUCAGCGGGACGAAGAGAAAUGACAAGCAGUGGAGAUGGCGGGCGAGUCAAUUCCAUUUCAUUAAGCGGUAAUCAAUAUUUAUAGUCACAAAAAUAAACUAUAUACAUGUGGGGUAAGUAGGAUAAGAUAUAUAUACAUAUAUAUACAUAUAUGCUCAUAUAAAAACAGUCAAAGUUGAUAAGCGAAUAGUUAACAUGAUAAAAACGUGACUCCAGAAGCUAAAAUAAGGUAUAUGGGCUUAACAUAGUAACCGACACUUUAGUCCAUAUACAUAGUAAAUAUUAUGUAUAAAUUGUAUUUCAACUCCAAUUGAAAACUUCUUCUUGUAUUGUUUAACUUAUGAAAUGUAAAGUUUAUUUCGUA